AUGUCUGAAGGACACUCUAGAGAUAGAGAUAUAGGAAGAAAAUGGGAUUCCGGCGCUUCCAAAAUAAAAAGAAAAGUUGAGUUGAUUGCGUCCAACCAAGCUAUGAGUGCUGCUAUGAAAAAAUUUCUUAAGAAACUAUUAGAAACUUUUACUCCACAGUCUGAUGAAUCUCUUAUACAAUGUUCUGAAGCAGGGGUUGCUUCAGAGUUCAAAGAAUUUGAUGUCCAAAUUUCUACACCAACUUUGGACGCUGGUGAAUUUUCUAUUGACCAACUUACUGAACUCCAUAAAACAUUCGAAAUUGAGAAAAUCAGUGAUUUGAAAAAUGAAGAGCAAGCAGUUCAAUUAAGAGCGUCAUUUGUUAACUUAGAUCCGAGGAGGUGGGUGUUUCCAAUAACGGAUUCACAACAUCAUGAUUUAAUUAGCAAUGACCCCCAGAAAAACGUGGAAAAAUUUGAUGAAAAUCAUCCUAAGGAUUAUUAUAAGAGACAUUUUUCUAAUUUUUAUUUCACUCGAAAAUUGAGUAACAACGAAACGCAACGUCGUACAUGGUUAGUUUACUCUAAGUGCCAAGAUAAAGUCUAUUGCUUUCCAUGUAGACUUUUUUCGCAUAUGCAGACACUGAUGGUAAAAGAAGGCUGCUGUGACUGGAUAGAUUUAAGUCGCAUAUUGCAAAGACAUGAACAAAGUCAAGGGCACAGAGAAUGCAUGAUUGAUUGGAUAGAAUUUUAUAAACGAAUCACACACGGAAAAACCAUAGAUAAAGAAAACGGGAAAUUGAUUAGAGAAUCGCAAAAGUAUUGGUAUAACUUGUUUUAA